AACAAUACAAGUAAUGGAUAACAUAAAUCUUCACCAUUAAAGUUCUGAGCAAAGACAAGGACGGGAAAAGAUUUUAAUGGAGAACCAAAUCCCUAAUCCCACCGAUCGUAUCAAGCUCAAUGUCGGGGGCAAGCUUUUCGAAACCACCAUUUCCACUCUCCAAUCCGGGGGUCCAGACUCUCUCUUAGCCGCCCUUUCCACCCGCCCUUCUCCUGACCCUGUUUUCAUUGACCGUGACCCUGAGAUCUUCUCCGUUCUUCUGUCUCUCCUCCGCUCUGAUCGCUUACCCUCUUCUGCUCAACGCUUCUCCAAGCAAGAGCUCGCCGAUGAGGCUACUUACUAUGGAAUCGAGUCUCAGCUUCGAUUGGCUAUGUCUCCGCCGCCUCUAUCUGGUAUCGAUGCUUCUCAAGUCGCCACCAUCCACCCCGCCUCUGAUGGCCUUCCUUCUACUUUCACUGCCGCAGCUGGCGACGGCUCCGUCUGGAUUGCACACGGUGGCCAAAUUUCAUCUUAUGACUGGAAUCUCAGUCAUGCCGGCACUAUUCGUACUCAUCUUGAUGAUAUCACCUCAAUCCGAAGAGUCUUGCCUGAAGUUGCGGCCAUUGGAUCCGAUUCCGACGCUGGACUUCAUUUCUAUGAUUUUUGCGGUGCUCGCCACCUAGGGUCAAUCCACUGGACUGAUCCCUCCGAUCCUAGAAUCUAUAAAGCCAGAGUAACUUCAAUUACUGAUUCACCUGAUCAAGUUUUUGCUUCCUUCGAGUGUCAACAUAAAGAGAAUUGCAUAUUAAUAGUAGAUAAAUCAACGCUCCAGAUCGUCCGUGAGAUCACCAGGCAAUCUGGCAGCUCAGCUAAGCAUAUGGUUCCGGGAAAGCUGACGUGGCUUCCCGAUACCGGUCUGCUAGUCGGAACGGCGGUCACAAGUGGGGCGUUUGGUUACACAGGAUAUAUUAGAUUGUGGGACCCAAGGGCUGACGCUGUGGUUUGGGAAACGAAUGAACCAGGUUCGGGCCGGAGUAGCAGGUUUGGUGAUUCGUUUGCUGACGUUGAUGUCGAUAUAGAGAAUUCGACUCUGUUCAAGAUUUGUUCUAAGUCUGGAGAUUUGGCAAUGGCGGAUUUACGUAAUUUAGGGGAUGAUCCGUGGGUUUAUAUGAAAGAUAAAAACCCAAGUAUGAGAUUCACUGGCGGGUUAAUUGAUAGUGUGAUUCAUUGCUAUAAGGGUCAGGUUUUUGUGGGAAGAGAAGGGUCUUUAGAGGUUUGGUCAAAAGUGGUAGAGAAAGAAAAUGGAAUAAAGAGUGAGAAUUUGAUAGGUGAAGAGUUGUAUAGACGGAAUUUCGUGAAUAAAAUGGAGGAUUCAGAAAGAGGGAUAAUUAAGAAAAUCGAAGGAGGUGGAAAUAGGCUGUUUGUUAGUAGAGAAGAUGUUGAGGGUAUUGAAGUGUGGGAAAGCUCUCUUUUUUCCGGUGCAAUUUCGGUUUUGUGAUUGUAACCCUCAUGUGUAAAUUAUUGCAGAUGAAAGUGAGAACUUUGGUUGUAAUAAUCUAGUAGUUAACUCGAAACGUAUGAAAUUGAAGUUAAAUUUGGAUUAAAACUCGUUGCCUUUCCAGUUAUUGUGUUAUUAUAGGAUCUUCUCGAGCUCAAACUCAAUCCUCAUAGAUGUUGAAGAGAUGGAAUGUUCACUCUUCAAAAGAAGUGGGUCUCUUCAAUAUGGAGAUAACUGUCAUGAUAGGCAGGCAUGGCAUCAUUUGUCAAAAUUGCAGGAGAGGAAAUUAAUGCUGUUGCUUGUGGUCAUCCUUUUUGUAGAAAUUGUUGGGUUCAUUAUAUUAGCUUGGUUUGUAAACUAUGGUUCUCAACGUUUGAAUUCAUGAUGUCCUCAACGUUCUAGUGGAGUUGCUGGUGGUGAAGAUAUGGUGUUUGAUGCAUUGCCUUUGAAGAAAAGGAGAAGUAUUCUCAUUUUCUUUUAAGUCUUGUGUGGAUGACUACAAGACGAGAAAGUGGUGACCUGGUGAAAAUUGUGAUAAUGCUAGUGAACUUGUUGAUAAAUAUCAAGGUUUUGAUAUUUCUUGUGCUGGUUCUCAUAGCUUUUGCUGGACUUGUAACAAGGAAGCUCAUCGUUCAGUUGAAUCUGAUGCUUCAUACAAGUGGAAUUUGAAGGCUAACCAUGAUUCAUUAGUGGAGAACAGGAAAUUUGCUUGCUGCAAGUGACGGAUUGGGAAAAUCUUUGGGUGUUUGUAUUGUGCAUGUUGACACUUGCUGGGUAUGCCUUAAUGAAUGGUCAGGUCAUCAGAAUGUCCUUUGCCGUCUUAAGUCUGAUGAUGAGACUGAGAUUAGUAGAUAUCCAAUGAAGAAAUUCAAUCAUUAUCAUUUACUCUGGCUGCUAGGACAGCAAUCGGCGAUUCAUGCGAAGUAGUGAAAUGGACUUUUGCACAUGGGGAUGUUUUGAGUGACAGCUUUUUGAGAGUGUCAGACAGUACCUGCGUUGGACAGACUUGAAUAUUUCGCAGAGAGAAGGGUUCAGGUACAGCGAUUCAUUGAUUCUGAUAACCCUCAAUUAAAUACCAAGACUUCUGUGUUAACCUUUCAGAACUGACUUUAGUGGUUGGAAAUUACUAUGAGAAUGUGAUUAAAGCUUUAGCGAAUGGACUAUCAGAUGUAAAAUGCGGGGAUCUGCGACUGGGAAUUGAGGUGGAUGAUAUAAUGGUCUCCUCUGCCCUUAGAAGUAACAUUGAUUUCGUUUUAUUUUACGGAGUAAACUCAACUGUGGAUCAGUCGUUAUUUUGGUUGGUUUGAAUAUUUUUUUUUUUGUUGCCAGUCAGUUCUUGCUUAACAACUCCAUAAUCUAUGUGUUAAAGAAUGAAGACUAUCGGAAUUGAAAAGGCUUGAAUUUUCAUCAAAGUACAAAAGAAAUUGAUUUUUUUAAA